CACGGAAUAUUGAGUUGUUCAGUUCUGUUGGUAAGAUCCAUGGACUUCUUUCUACAGCCUGUGCUUAUAAUGCGCCUUGGUCGUGACACAUGGAGGCUGUCAGUGACCUGCCCACCUUUGGUAUCAGAGCAGCAGGAGUUUUGAGGUACGGCCGAGAGUCUGACAACCCAGGGAUAAACUUGACACCAAUUCUUCCAGAGCCCAACCCUCUGACAGAAGCCUGGGUGAAGUGUGAGUAUUGUGGGGGAAAUGCGAAACCUUCGCUCUUGGAUCUAACAUGGGCACAGGGGCCUGAGACAGCCCCAACUUUCUGCUGUGAGCGCUGGCAGCAGCUCUGGGAAAUGCUGGAGAGGCACAGCAGUGACCUGAGGGCUGGUGGUAUGCAGACUACAACCAGUAUCACCAGAGCUACUACAGACUUUCAGGGAAGACUUGGAAAACCACCAGCAACCAAAACCCUGAAGAAUUAUGUAGUCUAUGAGCCUGAGCCAGAACCCCUUCCCCCAUCAUCAAGGGUCCUCAGGUUUCAGCUCUACUCUGCUUCAAAUAAAGGAUGUCGGACAGCGCCCCUUAGUGGCUCGACUAAGAAACCCCUGAAAGUGGAACAUGAAGAGGAUGAGGUGCUGCUUCCUCGUUGCACUCACACUACCAGUCAGUUUGGCUUGUGUCAUCAUCAGGAUGGGGCAGAAAUUCUUCAGAGGUACUACGGCAAUGGCUUGAAAUGUCUUACUGUGUUCUCUGAUGGUUCUGCUCAGGUUCUAUAUCCCUCAGGACUCUUGGCUCUAGUUAUUGUGGUCACUGAACACAAUGGAAGGGUCUGCAUCGUCUAUGAUGAUGCUGCUGCCUCACAUCAACCAAUGAGAGCCAUGUUCCUGUCUGACGGCAGGGCGACAUGCUAUCACAGCAAUGGAAAAGCAUGGCUAACCUUAAACAGAUCAGGCGGACAGUUCUUGGACAAAGAGGGGGCCAGGGUUCGCUGGUGGAGCUGGGACAAUCCAAGCCUCUCUGCCGCUCCCUUGAAGCCGGUCUUCCUGUCCCUAAACAAAGCAGUUGGGGUCCGAGUCCUGGGGAAGGAGCAGGUCUUUGUCUCUUUCCUGGCAGGAGGUCAGCAGGCAAAGUUCAGUGUUGGCUCCUGCUGUGCACAGGCCGCAUGUGGAACAAUCAAGGCUUCUCCAGGAGCAUCAGUAUUAAAGGAGGAGCUGUUUGUGUUGGCAGCCAGAAUUAAGUUGCAUCUGCCCAUUCAUCAUGACCUGAUCAGACCCUCCAAUCACCUUUUGCAGACCACCAAAGCCUCUAGACACCAUGCUGUGGCCCAAAGACUUCUGGAAGUCAGUGCUGAUGUGAUAAUGAGUGAGAGUGAGAGAGACUUCAUCCACAGGUGCCUCCAGGGAUACCUGUGAUAAGGCACAUGGUGACACAACAGAAACACUUCUACUUUGGCAUGAGAAAUGGAAGUUGGACUUAUAGAGCAGAGCUAAAAUAAUUGGGAACAUUUUAGUUUUGAUUUGGGUAUAAAAAUGCUUUCACAGUACUCAAAUGGAAUCCAGGGGCAAAAUAAUAGCAAUUUCAUGGUGUUGACAGUGAAAAACAAAAAUAGAUUUGCUUCCUUCUACAUAAAAGAUUUCUUUUUUUUUCUCACUUAUCACUAAUAUUUGAGUGAAUUUGUCAUAUGACCUCAAUAAAAAUUGAGUU